CGUCGUCGCUCCUCAUAUCAACAACAACAACACUGGAGCAGUCAUCAGGCGGAGAAAACCUUCACGCAAACUGCACAUAUCAUGAAGAUUUGUGCCAGCACUCACAGAGAAAUAAUAUAGUUUUGGGCUCGGCGUAAUCUUUGCAUAGUUAUAUAGUUUUCAACUACAAGACACAACAGUGAAGCAUCAGCCCUAAAGAGCGAGGCGUCUCCCCCCACAACACCACUCUUGCUGUUAUUUGGGAGAGAAAUCUUAACAAACUUCGCUCGGUGUCUUCUUUUGAUAAUUACUUACUUCACAAACUUCGUGUCAACAUAAAAACAUGGAGUGUAUCAGAUUAACUGGAUCUUUCAUAGCGAAGCUGACAUCAUUCAUCACACACAGAAUGAGUGACACAACUGAGCAAAUAGUGUUGAGCAUCAUAUUUGCCCUGACAGUCAUUGCCGUUGUGAAGCUAACCAAUAGACGGCACCACUAUGACUUGCAUGCCCGAGAUGUGAUGAAGGGUCAUCGAUGGUGUGUCACGGGCAUGUUCUCUAGGCCAUGCUACUGCAACAUAUGCGAGAAAUUGAUAAUGGUUAGUGAUGGUGCUUUCUGUGACUCGUGUGGAGUAUGUGCCAAUUCUCCAGAGUGUAUUGUUGCUGCUGACAAGACAUUGCCGUGCAAACUCAUCGCCACCAAGGCCCUUGUACACAAGCAUCACUGGAUCAGAGGUAAUCUUCCGCUUAAUGCACAUUGUAUGGUGUGUGAAAGAGACUGUGGAACUGAACCCAAGCUGAAUGACUGGUGGUGUUGCUGGUGUCACCUGUCGGCCCACGAUGCUUGUGUUCAGAGUAUGGCAGAGGUGUGUGAUUUGGGUGAACUGAAGGCCUGCAUUGUACCACCAAACUGUAUUCGAUUAAAAUUAUCAAGAAUGAGGAAAACUUUGCUGUUUAAAGAAGUUUCAAGACCAGAGGUUCCUAACUGGAGUCCUGUGAUUGUUAUCGGGAACAGAAAGUCGGGCAGUAAUGAGGCAGACAGUGUUUUGUCAUCUUUUAGAAAUUUCCUGAAUCCUGCGCAAGUAAAAGAUUUAGCAGAUCAUCCUCCUGAGGAAGCUUUGGAAUGGUGUCGUCUGCUUCCUUCUGAUGUCCAGUGUAGGGUAGUUGUUGCAGGUGGAGAUGGAACUGUGGGAUGGAUUUUUAAUGCAAUUCACAAGAUGAAAUUAAUGAAAAGUCCUCUGGUUGCUGUAUUGCCACUUGGAACAGGCAAUGAUCUCUCCCGCAUACUUGGCUUUGGUGAAGGUCACUCAAGAUAUGUGGAUAUAGUAGAAUACCUGCAAGAAGUAAACUCUGCAAAACCAGCAAAAUUGGACCGAUGGAAGGUUCAUUUUAUUUCAAACUGGAACCUUGGAAUCCGCAUACCUGCCCGGGAAUGCUUCAUGAACAACUACCUCAGUGUUGGUGUGGAUGCUCUCGUCACUCUGAACUUUGACCGUGCCCGCCAGUCACCAUUUUAUAUAUGCAGAAACCGGUUGCUAAACAAGAUGAUUUACUUCACAUUUGGGACCAAAGAUGUUUUUGAGCAUGAAUGUAAAGACUUAGACCAGAAGCUGGAUUUGUAUAUGGACCAGCAGAAAGUGGAGCUGCCCAACAUGGAGGCGGUGGUUGUUCUCAAUAUAGCAAGUUGGGGUGCUGGAGUAAGACCUUGGACCAUGGGAGCUGGAGGAGCUGAUGCACCCAAGCAAGACUUUAGUGAUGGACUAUUGGAAGUAUUUUGUCUUGCGUCAUCAUUCCAUAUUGCCCAGUUACAGCUGGGAUUAAGUGAACCUAUCAGACUUGGCCAAUGUUCUACUUUAAAGCUGUGUCUGAAAGGAAUGGCCCCAAUGCAGGUUGAUGGUGAGCCAUGGGAGCAGUACCCUGGAACCAUUGUGGUCUCUCACAGUCAUCAAGCCUCAGUUCUUCUCAGAGAGUAGUUCUUACUUCCCAGUCUAUUUUUGUGUUAAGAGUUGUUCUGUAUAUUGUGUAAUAUACCUGCAUUAUAGAUUGUACAACUUAAUGAAAGUGGUUCAUUUUAUUUUGUUCAUUGCAGUGUUCUUCAUCUGUUAAAAUACAUUUUACUUGACAUGUACUGUACUCAGUUAUGUGAUUGUCAUGAUGUUUUCAGCAAUCUAUUUGGGUAUACAGUAUAUUAACCUGAAGGUUAAUCAGGGUCGUUUCCUAUGACUUAUUCACUAGUCUUAUAAAUAUCUAGUCUGCCUCUAUAUGUUUAUUGAUACUGUCUCUUCUGGAAACCUUUCUUCCUUCCUUUAGUGCUGCCUAGUGUAGAAUCUUUCCCACAGGUCUCGACUGCAAUCAAGUGCUUACGUACAUGAAGCAGCAUUUUCUAAAGAUAACCCAUUUAUGUAUUUAUUAUUUGUUUAUUUAUUUUAUUUAUUUAUUUAUUUAAUAUAUAUAGAAGAAGAUACAUUGGGUUUAUGAGAGUACAUAGCAUUGAUGUUUAUACAUUCUUGUAAAGGCACUAACACGCAUAGCAUUUUGGGCAGGUCUUGAGGCAAUUGCUACUCACUAGAUGUAAUUACCGAGGUGUUUGCAGAAGAUCUAUAUGUAGUUGUCCCUCAAAUACCAUAGGGAAUAGGUAUCAAAAUAAUAAAUAAAAUAAUAUCAACCUCUUUGCCCCACUGAGUUGAGUUUCCUCAAAUGCUCCCUAAGCCAAAGCCUUAUGGUGCACCACGAAUAUAUCACUAUUUUAGCCUCUCGGUGACCUCACGCUCUAGCCUGACAACAAUCUUGGCAAGGAAAAUUGAGAAAGGGAAUGAAUAGCUAAUCUAACUAAGGCCCCCACCAGGGGACCAGGUCAUUGUAAUGCAAAACCAAAUCAUGCCCUCAAUACCCCACACAAGUACUACAGUAUUUAGAAAAUGGGAGAAAUGCCAGUUAAUUCCCUUUGAACUACUGUUGUAAACUACACUACACUCCACCACCACCAGGAGCAGCAACCUACACAACAGCUGCUCAGCCAUGGGAGCCGGCUACAUCACCUUGCUCUUAAUGUCUUGUGUUGUUACUCCUGGGCUCUGUAAUGGCCAAUAAAAUAUGUGUUUGCCUGCUCUAUUCCCUUGAGACUGUUGUCUCAGAGCAAGAGAUUUCUCUGUGAAUUAUGGUUCACUCCAUGACAUGUAGUUUAUUGUGUACUGUUUAUUAAAGAUAUCCUCAACAA